AGUAAAAAAACACGUCCUCUAUACAGUAAUUAGCACAUAAAAUUACAGCUAAAGACAAAAAAAAAUAUUGAUAAUAUAUUGAACAUUUGUUUCGUUUGAAUCUAUCUACCCCCACCUCAACUUAAAGUUGAGUCUGCAGUGACGAUAAUUUACGAAUACAAGUGUAUGAUGUAAAAAAGUGCUCUUGAAAUACGUAUUUAUUUCAUUUUGAUAUGUUAUUUUAAUUCAUUUAUCAACUUUUCAACGCAAAGCCCGCAAACAAAUAAGCACCAAAAGUGUUUGGCGUGUGUGUGGUUUGAAAUGUAAUCAAAUUAUACUCAUUUCUCACUUCGUGUUAGAUUACUCAUUUAUGUAAGAGUUGUUAGAGUGAACAAUCUGAAUUACUUUAAUAGUAACUUGCAAAGUUAUAAACAGAUUUGUGCUUAAUACCGAUAAAAAAUUUGCAAUGUUAUAAAAAAAAUUGUGCUUUAUUAAAAAAAAAAACAACACUAUGGACGCGCAACUACUUACAUCAUCUUUGUCAAAAAAGGAAGAAUGCGGACUGGGCUACCAAAACACAUUAAAUUUCGCGAACGUCGUAUUUCCAAUGUUUCAAUGGAAAAGCUUCAUCAUCGUUCCAAGAAAACAAGGCGUGUGCGUCCGCAAGCGUUUUAUCCAUGCCCUCCUCCAACAGCGGCAGAAAUGGAUAAAGAUGAUUCAUCUGAUGAAGAUGAUCCCUUUGGAUACAUUGAUACUUUAAUGUAUGGCCGCUACACAAAGGAUUUAGGAGAAUAUGCCAAAGACGAAGCUAGAAAACUGAAAAUUCUUGAAAGACAAAGAAAACAAGAGGACAAAGCAAGAAAUAAGGAAUUGUUUGGCAAACAAACAAAUCGUCUGUUUAAUACCUUGUCAUGGAUGUGGUCGCAUUCGUUCGCACGGAUGGGUGAAGAUUGGGUGUAUUUAGCACUAUUAGGUAUCAUAAUGGCGUUGCUGUCAUACAUUAUGGACAAAGGCAUUGCGAUGUGUACAAAUGCAAGAGUGUGGUUGUAUAGAGACCUAACAACUCAACCAGUGGCUCAAUAUUUUGCGUGGGUGUCUCUACCAAUUUGUUUGAUACUAUUUUCUGCUGGAUUUGUGCAUUUGGUAGCCCCUCAGAGCAUUGGUUCAGGGAUACCAGAAAUGAAAACGAUUUUGCGUGGUGUUGCAUUAAAAGAAUAUCUUACUUUUAAAACUUUAGUAGCAAAAGUUAUUGGGCUUACAGCUACAUUAGGAAGUGGUAUGCCUCUUGGAAAAGAAGGACCUUUUGUGCAUAUUGCAAGUAUAGUAGCACAAUUGCUUAGCAAGAUGGUGACAUCGUUUCAAGGAAUAUACGAAAAUGAAUCAAGAAAUUCUGAAAUGUUAGCUGCUGCUUGCGCUGUUGGAGUUGGUUCUUGUUUUGCUGCACCUGUAGGGGGUGUGUUAUUUAGUAUUGAAGUAACAACCACCUACUUUGCAGUUCGAAACUAUUGGCGUGGUUUUUUUGCAGCAGUUUGUGGUGCAACUGUAUUUAGAUUGUUAGCAGUAUGGUUUCAAAAAGCUGACACCGUAACCGCAAUGUUUGCUACAAAUUUUACAUCGGAUUUCCCGUUUGAUCCUCAGGAACUCUUUGUGUUUGCAAUAAUUGGGGUAAUCGGUGGACUGGGUGGAUCUCUUUACGUGUAUGUUCAUCGAAGAUAUGUAUUGUUCAUGAGGUCAAAUAAAAAAAUGAACAACUUCUUACAAAAAAACCGUUUCUUGUAUCCUGGGAUUUUAGCUUUAAUUGUAUCAUCGCUGUCAUAUCCACUCGGAACGGGACAAUUUAUUGCUGGCGAAUUAAGCACUCAUGAGCAAGUUAGUCAAUUGUUUGCAAAUUUCACAUGGAUUCAGGAUGAUUUAACAGUGGAGCAGGCUACGAUCGUUUCAAAUUGGGCAACCAACAUGACUAACGUAUUUGUCAACCUAACAGCAUACACUCUGUUUACAUUUUUUUUCUCAAUUGUUGCCUCUACUAUUCCUGUGCCAUCUGGCAUCUUUAUUCCAGUGUUCAAAAUCGGUGCUGCUAUCGGGAGAUUAGUGGGAGAGGGAAUGCACCUUUGGUUUCCUAGUGGAGUUCGUUAUGGCGGCAGAAUUUCUCCUAUUAUACCAGGUGGUUACGCAGUCGUUGGAGCUGCUGCAUUUUCUGGAGCUGUCACGCACACAGUGUCGGUUGGAGUCAUUGUUUUUGAAAUGACUGGACAGAUAACCCACAUAGUUCCAGUUAUGAUUGCCGUUCUUAUAUCAAAUGCUAUUGCUGCAUUACUUCAACCGUCUAUGUAUGAUAGCAUCAUCUUAAUUAAGAAAUUGCCUUAUCUUCCAGAUUUGCUGCCUUCCAGUUCAGCUAUGUACAACACCUUCGUUGAAUACUUCAUGAUAAGAGAUGUUAAAUACAUUUGGCAAAACAUAAGCUACAAAAGUCUGAAGACCGUCUUAAAGGAAAACAAACAACUGCGAAGUCUUCCAUUAGUCGACAGUCCUUCAAACAUGAUUCUUCUUGGAUCUGUUCAAAGGUAUGAACUGAUAAAAAUGAUCGAUAACCAUGUUGGUCGUGAAAAAAGGUUAGAGAUGGCGGCAAAGUGGAAAAAGCAAGCUGAAGAAAGAAAACGCCAGGAGCACGAACAAUUAGAAAAAAUGCAACAAAAAAUCAGCGAGCAGACUCAAAUUCGUAGACCAUCACGGUUUGAAGUAAUUCCUGCUCCAGAUGUUUUACAAUUACGUGAAAUUACAAACAAUGAAAUGAUACCGACACAAGCCGAAAAAGGAAAAGAGAAUAUGAACCUCCCUAUGUGUGGGUCACAGCCCAAGAAAUCCAUUUUAAAAAAGACGAACUCUUUCAAUUUGAAAGGUUUCACUCCUAUUUCUGAUAGUCCCGUGAUGACACCAUACAGUACAAUUACUGGAACUGAAAGUCGCAUUCGAUCAGCGUUUGAUGUAAUCUUUAGAAAAUCUGCCACGCUUCAAGAUGUGACACCUGAUCUAGAAACAAAUUCGACAUGCAUCACCCCUCAAAUAGGCUCCGAUCUGAUUCCAACAGGCCAUGGAAUUUCAAAAAAAGUUCAACUGCCUCGUGAAAGAGUAAUAGACAUGUCAGCGGAAGAUCAGAAAACUUGGGAAAUUGAAGAAAUGGCAAAACCGAUCGAUUUUGAAGCUUGUAACAUUCACAUAGAUCCUGCACCAUUUCAGUUGGUGGAAAAGACUUCAAUCUUGAAAGUACAUAGUCUUUUUUCAAUGAUUGGCAUCAAUCACGCUUACGUAACAAAAAUUGGCAGACUUGUCGGAGUUGUGGGUCUAAAAGAGCUGCGUAAGGCAAUCGAAGACGUAAAUAGUGGAAAUAUUAUAGGAGAACAGCUUGACACACGUGGAAAACAAAUGAAGCCGCAAGAAGAGCCAUUGCUUAGCAAUAAAGAUACUAACAACACCAUCAGUUCAAUGGACUCAGCAUUAACUAAUUCGGACUACAAUAAUUCGGAUAUCGAGCUUGGAAGUAUAAUUCAAAAAUAAUAUUUAUGCCAUGAAUUUGUAAUUUUCUUUUCUCAAAAUAAAUAUCAACAAAAUUGGAAAAAAAUAUACAGCCAACA